ACUCCUCGCCAGUUCUGAACCUCAGCAGAGAUAGCAGUAGGAGGCACUUCCACGCCUCGCAGGCUAACUCGCUUUCGGCUUUGGUUCGAGAUGGAGACUCUCUGCACCGUGAGGCGCUCCAGAGCGCACAACUUUAAGGGUGGACUCACUCUGUGGCUGAUUCUGUGGCUGGUGGUGGUGAAGCCGGGCGGGGUGUCGGCAUGCCCUCGACUGUGUGUGUGUUACCCUACGCCCAUGACGGUCAGCUGCCAGUCUCAGAACCUCACCAUAGUGCCGGCCGGUGUGCCAUAUGACUCACAACGUGUUUUCCUGCAGAACAACCGCAUCACAGAGCUGCGUGCAGACUCUUUCGGCUUUGAGACACAGGUGCUUUGGCUUUAUGGCAACAACAUCACAUGGAUUGAAGCCGGGGCCUUCAGUAACCUCAGGGUGCUGGAGGAGCUGGAUCUGGGCGAUAAUCCGCUACAGCGUCUGGAAGGUGGAGCCUUCAGGGGCUUGGAGAAGCUGCAGAGCCUGCACAUGCAUCGCUGCAAGCUGGCCACUCUCCCCCAUGACCUCUUCUACAAGCUGUACAGCCUGCAGUUCCUCUACCUGCAGGAGAAUCAGCUCCACUUUCUGCAGGAUGACCUGUUCUCAGAUCUGGUCAACCUAUCCCAUCUCUUCCUUCAUGGAAACCGCAUCCGUGCUCUCUCUGAGAACGUGUUCAGAGGCCUAGUCAACCUGGACCGCCUUCUUCUCCAUGACAACCGCGUCAGGCAAGUCAACCGCCGGGCUUUCCGUGACCUGGGCCGCCUGACCAUCCUUUACCUGUUCAACAACUCCCUGGCCGAGCUGCCAGGCCAGGCCAUGAGGGACACCCAGGGCAUCCAGUUCCUCCGCCUCAACGGUAACCCCUGGUCUUGCGGCUGUGAGGCUCGCCCCCUCUGGGAGUGGUUCCGCAAGGCCCGCAUCUCCUCCUCUGAGCUCAUGUGCACCUCCCCAUCCCAACAUCGCGGCCAGGACCUCAGAUUCCUCCGGGAGAUGGACUUUGCCCUCUGCCCAGUUCCUGACCCCGGCUCAAUGGCAGGAAGCACCACUACCACCUUCAGCACCAAGACCCGCUGGUGGUUCUCCAAGAACAAGCCUGCAUCUACAUCCAAGGCCUCGUUCCAGAAGAGCAAAGAAGGGGGGAAGGCUGGAAAGCCUCAGUACCUUCCCAAGAACCCCACAGAAACCCUCUCCACUAAGUAUGAACUUUCAGACGAUGAGGUGGCUCUCCCCAAGCUGGACCAAGAAGAAUACUGGGCCAACUAUGGCAAUGAAGACGCCUCCAUCGACUGCUUCGAGCUGGAGUGCCCCCCAGGCUUUGACGACCCAGCCUUCCCCUCGUCCUCCUCCUUUCCCAACAUCCCAUCCCUCCUCCACCUUCUCUCCCUCUCCAUUGUAACAUUCUCUCUAAAUUUCGUUUUUGGCUGAACUCUUCCCUUCACCAUUCCUUUUUCCUUUCCGAUUUCUCCCCUUGCUCUUUCCACCUAUAACAAAAACCUGGAUCAUGAUUCCUUUCAGUAACCUCCUUCACUCGCAGGAGGCGCUACACUGACACAGGGGACAGGCGAGACAGCAGGGAGCAGCUCCGAAGAGCAAAGGUCUGUCGAGUUGAUGUAGAGCAGGACAGGAUUUCACUGUUGAAGUAGCUGCUGCUUAUUAGUACUGGUUUGAAAAGCAGAUCAUAGAAACUGACUCUGACAGUGAAGGUACAAAGGCAGAAACCUACAACAACAUUAUAGAGACAGAACAUGUAGACUGGUGGAGUCGCCAGAUGUUUUUUGAUAUCACAGCUGUUAGCAACGCAGGCGUUGUGACUCGUCAACAGCUAUUUUCUAUAUCCGCAAGUGCUCACAUCUCACUCACUGCUAACAUUGUCCCUCACUAUUUCAUGCAUUUUAUCAUGAAUACAACUGGUAAUAUAUUAUGCCAGAAGUUGGAAAGAUAUGUGGAUUCAUACAGGGAAUGACAAUCAAAAGAAACAAUUAAAUGGCGAAUUAAAGCAAAUCGAUACAAAGUGAGCUUAAGUUAUUAAUCUUAAGGCAGAACAAGAUGACAGGAUCGUAAGAACUGCAUCCAAGAGCAGCUCUCCUCUCUCCUUCAGAUUCAAAACCUUUUUUGAUCCCAGAGAGGCCGGCAAACCACCACUGCCCACACUUGUAAAUACCACUCAUAACUGUAAAUACAUGCAUCAAAAACGGCUCUGUAUUUUAUACUAGCUGUGUUUUUACUUUUCAUUGAGCAUCAUUCUGUGAAUGGCAGCUUGUGGCAAUAGAAGAGAAACUUUGAUUGAAUGUAAAUGAAAUAAAUGAACCGUUGGAAUUACUUUUUUGGCCCCCAUGUUUUUGUCUUCUUUUCUCACAGACAACCUAAACAUGUUGUUCUGCCGAUGUGGGUUUUUGGUCCGUGAUCUAGUUUUUGUUGACUGAGAAGAACAGUUUGACUCUCUUCUCCCUUCUUAAAAUGAGUGUGUGUGUGUGUGUGUGUGUGUGU